AUGGCCGCGUACUGCGACGGCCUGGGCUCUUGCUCGACCCCGCACGCCCAGGCCCGCGCCGCUGCGCACCCGCCGGGCUACGCGCGAGGAGAUGCGGGCGCUGCGGGCAGUGGCCCGCGCCUGUGGGUGAACGCACCCGCGCUCAGCCCCGCGCCCUGCGCGUCGGGCCCCGGCCCCGCACCCCCUUACACGGCCCCGGGCCAGCUCCUCGGCGCCGCGGGCGGCCUGGCGGGCGCCGACCUCGCGUGGCUGGGCGUCUCGGGCCAGCAGGAGCUGCUGAGGCUGGUGCGGCCGCCCUACUCGUACUCGGCGCUCAUCGCCAUGGCCAUCCAGAGUGCGCCGCUGCGGAAGCUGACGCUCAGCCAGAUCUACCAGUACGUGGCCGGCAACUUCCCUUUCUACCGGCGCAGCAAGGCGGGCUGGCAGAACUCCAUCCGCCACAACCUGUCGCUCAACGACUGCUUCAAGAAGGUUCCCCGCGACGAGGACGACCCAGGUAAAGGCAAUUACUGGACCCUGGACCCAAACUGCGAGAAGAUGUUUGACAACGGGAACUUCCGAAGGAAGAGGAAGAGGAGAGCCGAAGCCCGCGGGGCGGCGCCCUCGGGAGCUGGGAGCCCGGGAGGAGCCAAGGCGCCCGCGCUGGAGCCCCCGGGCGCCGCGUCCCCGGACGCGCAGGCCUCCCCGUCCCCGCCCGCGCCCGAGGCCGCCACCUGCUUCUCCAGCUUCGCCUCGGCCAUGGGCGCCCUGGCUGGCAGCCUUGGCACCUUCCCCGGGGGCCUGGCGGGCGAUUUUUCUUUCGGGAGGCCGAUGACGGUCGCCACCCAUCGUCCCCAGGUCCCUGGCUUUGCCCCUGCCCGCCAGACCGCGGCCACCGGCUUCCACGUCAGUCACCUCCUCUACAGCCGGGAAGGGGCCGAGGUUUGA